ACCCAUAAUCCCAUGCGCUGCGUCACACCCGGAAAUACUGCCCCGCCCACUUCCUGUACACACAGUCCUCUGUCCCUGGUGUCAUCUACUGCCGCCUCCUCCUCCUCCAGGCGCUCCAGCUUUGAGGAACCAGAGUAUUUAUUACACAUCACACAGUCUGUAUUCUCACUGAUUCCCUGACACGAUGGACACAGACAGGAGUCACAGAACUGAGAGGAUAAUUAAUAUCACCCUUGAGAUCAUCUACAUACUGACUGGGGAGGAUUACACAGUAGUAAAGAAGACAUCCGAUGAGUGUGAGACACCCAGCAGCCGUCCCCAUGUGUCAGGAGUACUGAGCAGGACCCAGCUCACAAUCACAGUGCCUCCGCCUCACUCACUGAUACAUGACAGACACAAUGACCAGAAGAUCCUGGAACUCACCAACAAGAUCAUUCAGCUGCUGACUGGAGAGGAGGGGGAGUAUAUAGAGGAACACAGGGGUCUGUACAAGGACGUGAUGAUGGAGAAUCACCGGACCCUCACAUCACUGGAUGGGCCCAGUAACAGAGAUACCCCAGAGAGAUGUCCCCGUCCUCUGUAUUCCCAGGAUUGUACAGAGGAGAAUCACAGGAUCCCACAGGAGGAUCAGGCUGAAGAACUGACUGAUUUAAAGGCAGAAGAUAUAGAGGGAGAAGAAGAGACGUAUGUGAGUGAUAUAAAGGCAGAAGAUGUAGUGGGAGAAGAAGAGACGUAUGUGAGUGAUAUAAAGGCAGAAGAUGUAGUGGGAGAAGAAGAGACGUAUGUGACUGAUAUAAAGGCAGAAGAUAUAGAGGGAGAAGAAGAGACGUAUGUGACUGAUAUAAAGGCAGAAGAUACAGAGGGAGAAGAAGAGACGUAUGUGAGGGGUGAUCAGCAGUGUAAGGAGGAGGAAAUCCCUACAGAUAUCAGCACAGCAGAUGGACACACAAGCAGGAAUAUCUCAGAAGGACAUCUAAUGUUAUCCCCGGAUUGUGAAAUAAAAGAUAAUGACAGUAGACGGGAUUCUCCAGGAGAUAACCCCAUUACCCCAAUUAUCCAUCCAGCUCUAUCAGCUGAUCCCCCUGAUCCUGGGAAAUGUUCUCCUGAUCACUCUGAUAUUGGUGCAUCUGUUACAGCUCCGAGAGUAGAUACAGAGUUUCCCUGUUCUAUAGAUGCCAAAUGUUUUAUACAGAACACAAAACUUACUGCCCAUCAGCCAGUUAAGGCAGGGGAGAGGCCAUUUCCAUGUUCUGAGUGUGGGAAAUGUUUUUCACGAAAGGCAUCUUAUGUUAAACAUCUGGGAAGUCACACAGGUAAUAAGCAAUUUUCAUGUUCUCACUGUGGGAAAUGUUUUACAUACAAAUGGCAUCUUGUUAAACAUCUGAGAAGUCACACAGGUGAGAAGCCAUUUUCAUGUUCUGAGUGUGGGAAAUGUUUUACACAGAAAUCGAGUCUUGUUACACAUCAGAGAAGUCACACAAGUGAGAAGCCAUUUUCAUGUUCUGAGUGUGGGAAAUGUUUUACACUGAAAUCAUCUCUUGUUAUGCAUCAGAAAACUCACACAGGUGAGAGGCCAUUUUCAUGUUCUGAGUGUGGGAAAUGUUUUUCACGAAAGACAUCUUAUGUUAAACAUCUGGGAAGUCACACAGGUAAUAAGCAAUUUUCAUGUUCUCACUGUGGGAAAUGUUUUACAUACAAUUGGCAUCUUGUUACACAUCAGAGAAGUCACACAGGUGAGAAGCCAUUUUCAUGUUCUGAGUGUGGGAAAUGUUUUACACAGAAAUCGAGUCUUGUUAUUCAUGAGAGAAGUCACACAGGUGAGAAGCCAUUUUCAUGUUCUGAGUGUGGGAAAGGUUUUACACGGAAAUCACAUCUUGUUCUACAUGAGUUAACUCACACAGGUGAGAAGCCAUUUCCAUGUUCUGAGUGUGGGAAAUGUUUUACACAGAAAUCGAGUCUUGUUACACAUCGGAGAACUCACACAGGAGAGAGGCCAUUUCCAUGUUCUGAGUGUAGGAAAGAUUUUAAACACAAAUCAGAUCUUGUUGUACAUCAGAGAAGUCACACAGGUGAGAGGCCAUUUCCAUGUUCUGAGUGUGGGAAAUAUUUUACACGGAAAUCAUAUCUUGUUAUACAUCAGAGAUGUCACACAGGUGAGAGGCCAUUUCCAUGUUCUGAGUGUGGAAAAUGUUUUAAACACAAAUCAGAUCUUAUUCAACAUGGGAGAACUCACAGACGUGUGAAGCCAUUUGCAUGCCCUGAGUGAUAAAUCCAUUUUAAUCUUC